GGUUGCCUGGCUUGUCUUGGGGGAGCCACUCGUCCUUCUGUGGUACCGGGUGUACCCUGUUCUGUUGCAGGGCGGACACAUAUCGCUUUAUUUACAAAGAUACGUCUUAAAAGGUUGCAUAGCGAAAAUGUCGGUCUUUUCCGAGGCGGCGUUGGAGAAGAAAUUAUCAGAGCUCAGUAACUCACAACAAAGCGUUCAGACACUAUCUUUAUGGUUAAUUCACCACAGAAAACACUCGAAAACCAUCGUCAAAGUUUGGUAUAACGAACUGAAAAAAGCUCAGGUGUCCCGCAAGCUCACAUUCAUCUACCUCGCCAACGACGUCAUUCAGAACAGUAAGCGGAAAGGACCGGAAUUCACGCAGGACUUUGCACCUGUUAUUGUCGAUGCUUUUAAACACGUUUCCACUGAAGGGGAAGAGAGCUGUAAGAAGCAGCUGAACCGGGUACUGUCCAUCUGGCAGGAGAGAGCCGUCUAUGAGAAUGAUCUACUGGACAAACUCUCAGAGGUCCUACAGGGAGAGAAGAAAGCCAAGAAGAGGCCGUAUGAAGAGAUCAAGCUGAACGAGGACGACUUUGCCAGUCAGAGCUCCCCAGGAGAACCCCCCCAGACCGCAGACUUAAUCAGGGCACUGCAGGAGCUGGAAAACGCAGCUUCCAGUGACUCCGCCCUACGGCAGAGAAUCUCCGCCCUCCCCGCCGAGGUGCACGACUCCUCCCUGCUCCACAGGAUCACAGAUAAGGAGUCUGGGGAGCGCCUGUCGCGCCUGGUGGAGGAGGCCUGCAUGCUCCUGGCCGACUACAGCGGGCGACUGGCGGCCGAGAUCGACGACCGGCGGCAGCUGACGCGCAUGCUCGCCCUCUUCCUGCAGAGCCAGAAAGACGGCCUCGCCGACAACGAACAGAAACUCGAAGAGUACAAGCGUAAGCUGGCGCGAGUGACCCAGGUCCGCAAGGAGCUUCGUUCUCGACUCAGCAGCCUGCCCGACCUCUCGCUGCUUCCCAACGUGACCGGGGGUCACGUCCACCUGCCCUCCUCUGGUGACCUCUAUAACCCCUCUGACUGACCUCGUGCAUGCGACUCGUAGAUGUCUCACCUACUUUACUUGUCCCGUGUGUGCAAACCACGCCCACUGCGUU